AUGUCUUCCAAAAAUAGAGUCCCAUCAUGGUUUCUACCCCACCAACAAACACACACACACCAACACACACACACACCAACACACAUACACACACACUAACACACACCAACACACACACACACACUCACCAACACACACACACUCACGCGCGCGGACAAAAUCGCAUUUGGUGACCGAGUGUCUUAAGAAGUGUGCGUCAAGAUCAUCUGCUGCCAAACAAUAUAUUUACCGACUGAUCAAUACACAUCACAAUAUUGUGAGAAUCGUGUCAGCAGGCAAUCAGUACAACACUCGUGCACGCUCGUCACGCUGACCCUCCAUUGUGCACGCGCCGCGAGCUGCCAUGUCGCGUCAUCGCCUGCGUUAUCGCUCCCCCGUCAAGUUGACGACCGCAGUUGAAGUGGCGAUGGAUAUUUAAUCUCCCGACAACAGAAGUCAGUGUUCUGUGGAGGAAACAAGUCCACAAGAGGAGACUUCACAUCGGAGGGCGUCAGCGACUGUAGACAGACCAAAGUUGAAGCAGUCGCUGCUGUCGUCAUCUAGUCGCGCCGCCAACCUUGGUCCAGCACCGUCUCACCCUCGCCAACCUUCGUGAGACAACCAUCGGCCAUCAUGCAGGUUCACCGGGAGAGGCGGGUAGAAGCCCCGUGCACCCGAGCCGGACGGUCCUGAUAUACGACCUGUCAGUCAUCCAGCCGCAGCUCGUGCUGACCCCGCCCCUGCCCUCCUCCACGCGCUCCCUGUCGCCCUCGUGUCUGUCGCCAUCAGAGUACCUCUCCACCUCCACACACCCCAUGAGGGAGACGGUGGUGCUGGGGUUGUCGUGGUUCCUGGUGUACACGUCGUUCCAGGCCAUCCAGAACCUCCAGAGCAGUCUGCACGAGGGCGGCACCCUGGGUACCACGUCACUAGCCUGCGUGUACACCGGGGUCUUCAUCAGCAGCUUCCUCACGCCCGCCAUCAUCUACAACACCGGGGUCAAGGCUGCCAUCAUGCUGGCGUGGGAUGGGUCACUGCUGUUACCUCCUGUGCAACUUCUUCCCGCACUGGGCCACCCUCGUCCCCGGGUCCAUCCUGAUGGGCAUCCUCAACUGUCCGCUGUGGACGUGUCUGGAGGUUUACAUCACGACCCUGGCCAAGGUCGAGGUCACCAGUGACCCCAAGAGGUGCACGACCUUCCACGCAUCCUUCAGCCGUCUGAACGGCGCCUUCUUCUCCAUCUUCAUGGCCAGCCACCUUAGCGGCAACCUCAUCUCCUCCACCAUCCUCUUCCAGUCCAACUACAACGCAACCAAUAACGCUGCCACCCAGGUCGAGGCUGACGCCGCGCGGCUGGAAUCUGCCGCGUGCGGCGCCGCCUACUGCGCGCGAGCGGGUCGCGGGCGGCACAUCGUCAGACCCGAUCCUCACGUGGUCUCCCUCAUGCUCGUCGUCUUCCUGCUCUUCGAGGUGGCAGGGCUCUUGGUCACCAAGAAAUGGCUGCCAGACCUGCAGCAGCGCCGCCUGGUGGGACAGAGCGGGUGGCAUAAGGUGAGAUCACACCUGUCCACCCUGAAACAGCCGCGCAUGUGGCUGCUGGUGCCCUUCCUCGUCAGCCGCAUGAUGAACCUGGCGCUUGAGGUCGGAACCUUUACAGAGGCGUUCAUCAGCUGCACCCUGGGUAUCCGCAUGGUGGGCUACGUGAUGGCGGCCAGGGGUCUGGCCACGAUGGUCAGUGCGGGGCUGCUGGGGUGGCUGGCUCGCUUCACUGGGCGACAGGUGCUCUGCCUCCUGGCCCUCGUCAGCGACCUCGCGCUCUUCCUCGUGCUCACCUGGUGGGAGCCGCGCGCGGACCAGCUUCCUGUCUUCCUGGGCCUGGCGGCCCUCAUGGGGCUGGUGGAGGGCGUGUGGGCCGUGCAGGUCAACGCCCUCGUCGCCCUGAUGUUCCCCGCGGCCCCGGACUCGGCGUUUGCGAUGAAAGGCAUGUGGAGCAGUCUGUCCAUGGCCAUCACCUUCAUCACCGCCACCUUCCUCUGUCCUCUGGCCAGGAUCCACAUGACAGUCGCCAUGAUCAUCAUGGCCGCCAUGGGCUACAUUGUCCUGGAGGUCGUGGACCUGAGACUACAGCGGUGCGAGGAUGAGAGACAUACGACAUGAAGAGUACAUAUACUUCAAGUAUAUAUACUUGAUGGAGGUGUACUGUCAUGGAGCCUCAUAUAGACCACAGUACAUGUACCACAGACUUACAUAGACCACACUAAAUGUACCACAGACCCAUAUUUGUAGCUAACUACCAGACCGCCUGGCGACAGAAGUCUCGGCUUCACUUCAUUCAAGUGAUAUUUUCACCUCACCUGCCGUGAAAUCAUUUGCUCUUCGUAAACUCGUGUAUUGCCAUAAAUAAAACUCAUGAUAUUCCUCUUCCCCGUCUGACAAAAAUUCGCGAGGGUUUGAUCAGAGAUGUGAGUGGAAAUGAGAGAGAAGUGAGGUCGAGAGUUCAAGUAGAGAGUUCAGACCCAGAACCUUCCAACCUCUCCAUCUUCAUUUCUGUCUCACAUUCACUCAUUCCUGUCGCUUCACUUCUUCUCGCUCUGAAGCUCGCUGGCUUUUAUUCACUCUGCCACUCGGUGCAUCAAAAAAAAACCAUCUACUUGUUCACGUGACCAAAUUAAGUUCAGUAAGACACUCGCCCAGUGGUUAUCGGACUUGUCUUUUCUCACCUCUGCGACUGAUGACUUUUAAUCAUUUUUGUCCUCUCCAUGUUUGUUGUACAAUGAUGCCGACGGUUAGCAGUUGUUACUGUAUUUGUGGGGUACUCAGCAUUUUGAGUAUUGUGAGCUAACUACAGAUUAUUUUCUUCCCUUUGUUUCUUUGUACAGCGCUGACGUCAUGUUUGUGGUCUGCGGCUUCUGUUUUGUGUUUUCUCUGAUGUCAUCGUCCUGUCUGAUGUUUCUGCCACCAGUCUGCUGCUUCCUCGUCGUCACAAUCAUCACAUUUCAUUUCUUGUCUGUCGAUACCAUGAGGUCGUCCUAAUAUUGGGGACAUCACAACUUCUUUCUCACUAUUCCUACAAACAGGAGGAUGGAGAGACUGAUAGAUGAAUUGUGGACUGAAUGAUAGAUGAAUGUAGGGUUGGAAUGAUAAAUGGAAUGAUGAAAGGAUAGGUGGGGUAAAAAAAAAAUGCAUGAAUGGAUACUUGUUAGUGUUUGUAAUGUACUCACCAGGCGGCUACUCGCCAUUGUGGACCACGUGAUGACGUGUCUCCUGAGGUCACGACCCUUACCUCGUUAUUAAUACUCACUUUAUAACAGAUGUCCGUUGUAGCCAGUGAACUCAUUUAAAAUGC